AUGGAGACGAGUGACUCGAUGUGGAACAUGGGGAAGACCUCCUGCAACUGUAAGCUGGGCUUCCAAGGAUCGGGGAGAUACUGUUUGCCUGUGAACCCCUGCAGAAAUAACAACGGUGAAUGUAGCAGGAACGCUCGCUGUGAGUACAUGGGCAUGGGGCAGAGGAACUGCACCUGCCACAGAGGCUAUAUAGGUGAUGGCAUUAAUUGCCGGGGAAGCACCAACUCUGAAGUGUCCAGUCAGAAAGAGAACGCCUUCUUUCGUCAAAUGAUGAUGAUGUCAGGCAUUUCAGGUCUUUAUGGUGAUGGACCAUACACUGUCUUCGUCCCGGUAGAGGAAAACAACAACAUCUCCAUUGUUAAUGUUUGGAAGCAGAACGGUCAUAUUGAGGAUCUGGUUCGUUCCCACAUCGUUUCCUGUGAGAUUCUGACCUCGAAUGACUUCAAAACCACUGAGCGUGCUGUCUCAGUAUCAGGACACACAUUGCACUUCAGCCUGAUAGGGGAUUCGAUCUUCAUCAACAACAGGUCGAGGAUCGUGAAGAGCGAUUACACCACAUUUAAUGGAAUCAUUCACCACAUCGACUUGAUGCUGACACCUUACGCUCUGGAGGAGAAACCGCCGAUUAAUCCCAAAAUGAUGAACUUAACCACAGCAGCUUCAAUUUAUGGCUACAGCAGCUUCUACCAACUCAUAGAGAUUGCAGGCCUCCUCCCUACACUCAAUAUGGCUGUCCACCAACCAUUCACCGUGUUUUGGCCCACAAACAAGGCCAUGGAGUCCUUGCCACCUGAAAGGCAGCUCUGGCUCAUCCACCCUUUACACCGGGACCGGCUGGCUGCCACCUUAAAGGCUCACAUCAUUCGCAACUCAAAGGUGACAAAUGUUGGACUGCCGACUAAAUUUUCAUCCUUCCGCACGAUGCAUGGAUCCACCAUCAAGUUCAGCUGUGACCGGAGCCUGGUGGGUUCAGUAGUAAUAAAUGAAAAUGAGGCCAAGGUAGUGGACCGCUACCUGAACUUCCAGAAUGGCGUGGCCUAUGGCAUCGACCAGCUGCUGGAACCUGCUGGCCUCGGGGCAUUCUGUGACACCAUCGAGAACAAAACCACUUACGGGCGCUGUGGAAGCUGCAUCUUCACCCCGUCCUGUCCCUUCAAACACUAUGACACGGAAAAGACGGAGCGCUGUUUGAACUUGCGCUCCAGGUAUCGCUACUCAUACUUGUAUGAUGACCUGGAUCGUUUCAGCAGAUAUGGCUGUAGGAGAGUUUGUAGCUUUCCAGGCUGGGUACAGAAGUGCUGCAAAAACCACUUCGGGCGAGACUGUCAAGUUUGUUCAGGUGGUUUGGAGGCCCCUUGUGGCAAACAUGGCGACUGCAACGACGGUAAUCUCGGUACUGGAACAUGUAGAUGCCACACCGGAUUCAGAGGGGAAUCCUGCGAACUGUGUGUCGCUGGGUUCUAUGGCCCUAACUGCACAGCCUGUUCCUGCAGGAACCAGGGAAGGUGCAAUGAUGGCAUUGGAGGAUCUGGACAGUGUAUCUGCAAGCCGGGCUGGGAGGGCAAUCGCUGCCAGAACAAAAUAGGCUCAAUCCCAGAGGAGUGCCGGCAGUGCCACGCUCAGGCUGACUGUGUGCUAGGUGCUGGUUGUCUGUGUAAACCGGGAUUCCAGGGGAAUGGCACCUUCUGCACUCCAGAGCCACCUCCAGACCUUUGCUCCGAGUACAACGGCGGCUGCCAUGUGAAUGCGGACUGCAACCAGACGGGACUCGUCGUCAACUGCACCUGCCGCAGUGAUUACCAGGGAGAUGGCUACUCCUGCAGUCCCAUUAACAGAUGUACUGAAGAGCCAAAUGGUGGCUGCAGCGACUUUGCCUCCUGCAAGUUCACUGGUCCAAAUGAACGGGAGUGCGAGUGCUUGCCGGGGUAUGUAGGUAAUGGAGUCCAGUGUUUGGAGAAGAUGGUGCCCCCUGUUGACCGCUGCUUGGAAGACAAUGGAGGCUGUGACCCUGUGGCGAUCUGCAAGGACCUGCAUUACCACGAAAACAGAGCCGGAGUCUUCCACCUGCGCUCUCCAAAGGGGAGGUACCAGAUGAACUUCAGUCAGGCCGACGCCGAGUGCAAGGCUGAGGGCGCCACGUUGGCUACCGUUAAACAGAUGGGAUACGCACAGCAGCUCGGGAUGCAUCUGUGUGUGGCUGGCUGGCUGGACGGGGGGAAGGCGGGAUACCCGACCCGCUACCCCUCGGUCAUGUGUGGAGACAACCACGUGGGUCUCGUAUUGUACAAAGAACCCAUGGACCAGAGCAGCAAGUAUGACGCCUACUGCUACAGGCUCAGAGAUGUCUCAUGUGCGUGCCCUCCUGAUUACGUUGGAAAUGGAGAUUUCUGUAACGGAGUCCUGACCAGCGUCCUUGCAACGUACAGCAACAUCUCCAUCUUUUACAAGUCUUUGUCUGGAAGAGACCUGGAGUAUCACAUCUCAGCCAAUCGGAGCAGAUGGCCAUUUAAGGAGCUGAAUCAUCAGACGGUCAUCACAUCGAGGCUCGGGUUCAACCUCACUGUUACUCAGGGCAACAAUGAGAGCUCUAAACUAGUGAAUGAGCGGUUGCUGCUGGAGUGGGACAUUCCUGCCAUAAACGGGAUCAUCCACAUCAUUGAGGCCCCGCUGACAGCACCUCCCCCACCGAGCUACCAUGACACUUCCCUAGGCCACGCCCACUCAAGCACAACAGUGACGGCCAUCUUGGUGACGUUGAUGUUGGUGUGUGCACUGGCUGCACUCGGCUGCUAUGUCUUCAAACACAAGACUGAUGCCUUCCGCUUCCACUACUUCAGAAAUGAGGAUGAGGAUGGUGCAACAGGAGGUAGGCCCAAACCCACACUGGUCUCCAUCCCCAACCCUCUCUACGUCAGCUCUAGAGCCUUAGCUGAGCCAUUUGAGGACACCAAUCAGGAGGUGGAGCCAGAAGAACCGCCAAAUAUUCUCGACCUGGGCCAUUAAAACCAGCUGACCCAGUAUAACUGGAGCUGGCUGUUAACAAACCACAAUAACUCAGUGACUUCAUCUUGCUUUAGAAAUUUCCACACAGUUUAACUGUAAUCAAUUAUGGAAUAAAAGUUUACUAAACCCAAAUCCUCUCUGGGUAAAAAACCUCA